AUGGUUAGAGCCAAGAAAAAGUACACCAGUGGUAAUGCUGCCAACUUCAUUGAUCGUGCCGAAGCUAUUUCUAAACUCCAAGUCACUUUUGAUGAAUUUACUCGUCUUUGUGUAUUGAAAGGUAUAUAUCCAAGAGAGCCAAGAAAUAGAAGAAAGGCUGCAAAAGGAGUCACCAACGAGCCACUCAUUACUACUCUUAGACAUUACAAUGCUUUUGUUAAAAAAGUAGCAAAAGUUAAAGGAAGAAAUGAAAAAGAAAAAUUGGAACGUUUAACUGAAAAAGAGCCAGAGUUCAAUGUUGAACAUCUUGUAAGAGAACGUUAUCCAACUUUUGAUAUGGCUGUAAGAGAUUUGGAUGAUUGUUUAUCAGUAGUGUUUGCUUUCGCUACUCUUCCUAAAGAUGUAAAAAUUGGAGAAAAAAUUAUUGAAAAUUGUAGACGAUUAUCAUCAGAAUUUAUGCAUUACGUUGUUGAAUCAAAAUCUCUCAGAAAAACUUUCAUUUCAAUAAAAGGAAUUUAUUAUCAAGCUGAAAUUUUGGGAGAAAAAGUUACUUGGAUUGUUGGACAUGAAAGACCAAUAGGUGGUCUUCCAGAUGUUGAUUUUACAAUUAUGAAAAAUUUUGCUCAUUUCUAUUCAACAGCUCUUCGUUUUAUUAAUUUUAAACUUUACAAAAAUAUUGGAUUGUUUUAUCCACCAGAAUUUGAAACUGGAAAGAUAGUAAAAGGAAAUUUAGAUGAUGAGGAGAAAAUGUUUUUUCUUGCUAAACCGUUAGCACGUGCAAAUCAAGAAGAAGAAGUUGUAUUGGAUGAUUUUAAUGAUGAAACGACAAAUGCUGUUAUUGAGCAAGUUAAUGCAAGAAAAAAAUUAAAAACACUCUUUGAGGGAUGUUUAUUCUUUUUAAAUAGAGAGGUUCCAAAAGAGGCUUUAGCUUUUGUUAUUAGAUCUGCUGGUGGUUCAGUUACAUGGGAUGGUUGUAUUGCCAAUCCUUUACCAUCAUCAUCAACGCAAAUUACUCAUCAUGUUAUUGAUAGACCAUUGAAAGAGGCUAAUAUUUCAAGAGCUUACAUUCAACCACAAUGGGUAUUUGAUUCAUUUAAUGCAAGAGAACAAUUACCUCUUGAAAAAUAUUUACCAGGUGUAAAGUUACCAUCACAUUUAUCACCAUUUGUUGAAGAAAAGAUUGGAGAUUAUAUUCCACAAGAAAGACUUGAACAAUUAAAGAAAGAUGGAAAGGAUGUUUCUAAGUUUAUUGCAGCUGAAGUAGUAGAAUCUGUACCACAAAUUGUUCCUAAUACAACAGGAGAGAAAGGAAAGAAAAAAGAGAAGAAAGAAGGAAUGCAUGUUGAAACUGGUAAAGUUUAUAAAGAAAGUACUGAAUCUAAGAUAGCAGAAGUACAAUCAGUCAAAAAGAUGCAGGAAAUGAUGAUGCCUAAGAAACAUAAACGUGUGUACAAGAAAAUGACGUUUGGAAUAAAACGUAAAGAAAAGGAAGUUAAAAAACUUGUUGUAAAAAAGAAAAAAUUAGAAGAAACAACAACCAAUUAA